UGAUUGGCUGAUCUCGUGGGGCAAAUAAACCCAAAUACCCAAAUGUAAAGAGUUUAUCCACACAUUUUACACCGUCUUUCUCAGUAGUCUCAGUCAGGUCAUUUGGUUUAAACGCUUUGUUUCAAUCAUUUUGUACAGUCUAAUUUUAUUACAUUGAUUAUUAUCAUCUCACUAUUCAAUUUUAACACUGUUAUUUCAUCUGUUAAGUUUCCAGACAAUGUUUACCAGAGGAGGUGCUGCUAAAAGGAUCUUUAAACCGACUAUUCCUGCGACCAGACGUUCCACUAGAAGUGGUGAUAAAGAUGGUGAUAAAAACAAUAGCUGCAAUACCUCUACACCACAUGGUAAAGUUAAGAGUAAAGAUAAAGAUAGAUCUAACAAAUCUAAGGGGAAAAAAGAUUUGAUCCAAUUGGAUGCAGUUUUUAACGGGAUAAACGCAACCGCACCCGUUGUCAAGGCUGAAAGAGGUUAUGUUAAUUCUGGAAGCAGCAAUAUAAAUUCACUAAAAGAUCGAGCAAUUAAAGGCGAAGAUGCUGAUGUCAAGUCAAUUAAUGGUAUUCGUAUUAAAUCAGAAGAUGAUUCUGUGACCAUCGCAAAUCACAGGAGUGUCGAAGACGCCAAGGAUUUUAAAAAGCAUGAAAUUGAUGAUGUGGAAAGUAUUCAAAGAGCUCUUUAUAGAGACGAUUUUAUCUCUAAUUUUAGUACCAAUGAUGAUGAACUGGCACCUAUUGGCUGGGAGCAUGUUAGUCAGCUUCAGUUGUAUAAACAAAAAGGUUGUGAAAAGGAUGUCAAGUCAACAAGGCGUUUUGAUGCAUGGGCUUCCACAAAAAAUAAUCAAGAUAAAAUGGUUCUAUUCCAAUUACCAGAAAUGGUAUUAAAAGGUGGCGAUGGUCGUCUUGGUAAAAUACGAAUGUAUAAAUCUGGUAAAAUGGAACUAGUAGAUACUCGAUCUGGUAUAGUUUACGAUCUCCUCCAUACAGACUGUGAUGUUAACAACCAGCUUGCUACUAAAGAUGAUGAUGACAAUUCUAGUGAAGAAGAAAGUGAUGCAGAUGAAGUCAUGAAAGAAUUAAAUGAAAAGCAAAAAUCGUCUUCAACCGAUUGGAUCAAAAAGGAAGUGGAAGAUGAAACUGCCAACAAUCAAAAUUUUCCUCCACCACUGCCAUCUUCAUCAAAAUCUCAAUCUAUAUAUAGUAAAACUAAUCAUCAAAAUUAUACAGACAAAUGUGAUAAAAAUGAAGAUGAAGACGAUGAUGAUGACGACGACGACGAUGAUAAUGAUGAUGAUGACGAUAGAAAACUGAACCAAUCUUAUCGAGAAGCCGUGUCUUUCGAUGGAAACCAAAUUGUAUGCCUUGGUCCAAUUAGUAAAAAUGAUUUACUAAUCGGACGCCCCAGACUAGAGAUAAGGAAUCUGCGAAUCUAGUCUAUUAUCUAGUCUUAUAAUUACACGCAAUAAUGUAUUGUAAGAAAUAUUGUUAUAUAUAUUUUAUUACAAAAUUGCUGAUUGUUGCGCAGACUCAUCAUCAGAACUCUAAAUACUCUUGAAUUGGUUAACAUCGAGAUGAACAUGAAAAAAAGUUAUGAGUCUUCGUCUUAAGGUCUCAUUCACAAUGAACGUUGAAACAAGUUAACAUUUAAAUCUUGUGAAUCGCAAUCAUGUUAACCUUUUCUUUGUUUGUUUUUUCAUGAGGAAUAAAAAUAUUUAAACUUA